UCGAGUGAGAGAGCAAAAAUUGAAAAUCUGGAUACAAAAUCGAUAAACUUCAACCCAUAUAAGAGUCAAGCAUCGAAUUGCCGCAGCUGCCGCCGUCAUCUUCACCAAAUCCACCCACCUACCACCCCCACCACCAUCUGUAAUAUUUAUCUAGAGUGUUAGUUCAAGCCACAACCAUGUCAUUCAUAGCCAAAUUGAAAGCCACACCAUUGCCUCCAUUGAAGAACAUACUCAAUGUGGCCGCUCAGACGGCCAGACAGGUUAUUCCAGAACGCAAGGAUUACGAGCAGCCACCUGGUAGUAGUAUCCAGCAGCCACAUCAAAAGGCCAUGGAACUGGGCAAUGACGAACAACCACCCACAGAGAUGAGCUCAAAUCCAUUUAGAAAUGGAGGGAAUUGGUCAACCGAAGAGGAUGGUGGAGGAGAUUGUAAGACAGAAUAUCAGAGCACAUCUUUUAAUGAGUACGAUGGGCGAUACCAGCAAACCGAUGGCUUCAGGCAAGGCAGUAUUGCUUCCGAAGGUAGCUCAUUCGUUUGCGAGGGUGAAGGUGGCGGCGGCUCCAAAAUCGAUGAAUUUCAAGCUGCCUGGAAUGUGACAAAUGCCAUCCAGGGUAUGUUCAUUGUUUCACUGCCGUUUGCAGUCCUUCAUGGUGGCUACUGGGCCAUUGUGGCCAUGGUUGGCAUUGCACACAUCUGUUGCUAUACGGGCAAAGUGCUGGUGCAAUGUCUUUACGAACCGGAUCCUGCAACUGGCCAGAUGGUGCGCGUCCGGGAUAGCUAUGUGGCCAUAGCCAAAGUCUGCUUUGGCCCCAAAUUGGGAGCGCGGGCAGUGAGUAUUGCCCAGCUGAUUGAGCUACUGAUGACCUGUAUAUUGUAUGUGGUGGUCUGCGGAGAUCUACUAGCUGGCACCUAUCCGCAGGGAUCCUUUGAUUCUCGCUCAUGGAUGCUGUUCAUAGGCAUAUUCUUGCUUCCCAUGGGCUUUCUGAAAUCCUUAAAGAUGGUAUCCACACUGUCAUUCUGGUGCACAAUGUCGCACAUAGUGAUAAAUGCUGUUAUUUUGGGCUAUUGUCUUUUACAAAUCGGUGACUGGGGAUGGUCCAAGGUUCGGUUUAGCAUUGACAUGGAAAACUUUCCCAUAUCAUUGGGAGUGAUUGUCUUCUCGUACACAUCACAGAUAUUUCUGCCAACCCUGGAGGGCAAUAUGAUCGAUCGAUCCAAAUUCAAUUGGAUGUUGGAUUGGUCGCAUAUAGCUGCAGCCGUUUUCAAGGCUGGAUUCGGGUACAUCUGCUUUCUUACCUUCCAGAAUGAUACACAACAAGUGAUUACCAAUAAUUUACACUCGCAAGGUUUUAAAGGCAUGGUGAACUUCUUCCUUGUGAUCAAGGCUAUACUUAGCUACCCCUUGCCAUACUAUGCUGCCUGUGAGUUGCUCGAACGCAACUUCUUCCGUGGUCCGCCAAAAACACGAUUUCCUACCAUUUGGAAUCUCGAUGGUGAACUUAAGGUUUGGGGUCUCGGCUUUCGGGUUGGUGUCAUUUUGAGCACAAUUUUAAUGGCCAUUUUUAUACCCCAUUUUUCCAUACUGAUGGGAUUUAUUGGUAGCUUCACGGGCACUAUGUUGAGCUUUAUUUGGCCCUGCUACUUUCACAUUAAGAUCAAGGGUCAUCUGUUAGAUCAGAAGGAAAUAGCAAAAGACUACCUCAUUAUAGCGCUGGGUGUGCUCUUCGGUGUCAUUGGCAUUUACGAUUCGGGCAAUGCCCUAAUUAAUGCAUUCGAAAUCGGUCUUCCAUUUUAAACUAAAUACUAAAUUAUGUACAUACAUAUGUAUGUACAUGAUGUAACUGUAUCAUAAGGCAACAAAUACACAAACACAAAGUCUUCCAAACUAGUAUAAUGCCAAUAAUGAAUGCAGUUGCAUCCGUAAAGCAACAAAACGCAAACACAAUAAUAGUCUAUAAGAAUAAUGCAACGCAAGUCUUCCAAAUAAUUGCAAACUAAAAAUGUCUUCCAAACAAAUAUAAUAUACAACUAGUUUAAGCAAAUCGAAAUUAUACAUAUACAUAUGU